AUUGUGAUGCUUAUAAAUGAGAAUCCUCUACUGGUGGAAGAGGCAGCCCUGAAUAAAUGUUAUAAGGUGAUGGAUUUGAUUUGUGAGAAAUGUAUGAAGCAAAGAGACAUGAAUGAAGUAUUGGCUAUGAAAAUGCAUUACAUCAGCUGUAUCUUUCAGAAAUGCAUUAACUUCUUGAAAGAUGGAGAGAAUAAACUGGUCACCUUGAUCAAGAGCUUGUUAAAAGGCCGAGCUUCUGAUGGCUUUCCAGUAUAUCAAGAAAAGAUCAUUAGAGAAAGUAUCAGAAAAUUUCCUUACUGUGAAGCUACACUCCUCCAGCAGCUGGUGCGAAGCAUUGCUCCUGUUGAAAUUGGUUCUGAUCCCACUGCAUUCUCUGUGCUUACCCAAGCCAUCACUGGUCAGGUGGGUUUUGUGGAUGUUGAAUUUUGCACAACCUGUGGAGAAAAGGGAGCAAGUAAAAGAUGCUCAGUAUGCAAAAUGGUAAUAUAUUGCGAUCAAAGUUGCCAGAAGAUACACUGGUUUGCACAUAAGAAAAUCUGUAAGAAUCUGAAGGACAUUUAUGAAAAGCAACAACUGGAGGCUGCCAAAGAAAAGAGGCAAGAGGAGAGCAAUGGCAAACUCAAUGUCAAUUCUAAUUGUGUUAAUGAAGAACAACCAGAGGCUGAAACAAGCGUUUGCCAAGAGGAUUCCAAUCCUAAAGAUUCUGUGGAAGGGGAGAAGGAAUGUCUGCAAAGUGAGGCUGGGCUGCAGUGCUUUCAGGAUGCUCCUGCAGGCCCACAGGCAUCAGAAGAGUAAAAGCCGUAGCAAGCUGUAGCAUGGAUGCUCCUCACCUAGCAGGUAGCUGGAAAACUCAUGUGACUGUGUCCUCAUUGCCUUGUGACACCUGCAUGGCACCAGCGCAGGAUUCCACGUGUCAUAGAAUAGAGGCUUUCAAGCAAAGCUCUGUCUACCAUACUCUAAUUUCCUAUUAAUUUCUGUUCUAUAAUUGAACAGAUAUUUCUACGGAAAAUUUUUUCUUUCAAAAUACAGGAAAAACAUUUCCAGUCCCUUUCUGAAGCUGGCUUCCCAGUAAUUGUUCUCAAAGGAAAAUAAAUCAGCUUAAAGAAGAAAUAUAGGCUCUGGGAAACAAAGGGACAAGCAGAAUAGGUGUGGGAGAGAACAGAUUUUCAGGAAAGAAAAAUUUUAUAGCCAUAGAAGUGGGUAGUUAGAAAAAUCAUAACUUAUAUGUGAGUGAAAUUCAUAUAAAUAGCAUUUACAGUACUGAAGUUCUGCUUAUUAAGACACAAUGAAAUGAAGAAAAGCUAUAUGUUAAAGGGUCUUUCCCAAUUAUUUCAGCUAAUUGUAGUUUUAUAUGGAAAUUAUCCUGGGCCGUCUGAACUUUAUGUAGUUCCUGCAGUAAAGUUCUGUCUACAGUGUUUGUUCCUUCAGAAAUGUCAGAUCCCUCUUAAGGAAAAGGCAUAGCCAGGUCUGUCUCAGCAUGUACAUUUAAAAAGACACUACCUGGGGCCGGCCCGUGGCUCACGUGGGAGAGUGUGGUGCUGAUGGCACCAAGG